AUGUGCAAUGUGUCAAUGAGUGAUGACAUCAUCACGAUCCCACAGCCUGCUCUUCUAGUACCUGCUGGGCCUGUUGAUCUGUGUCAGUGUGUUCUCUGUGUGUGUGUAGGCUGGGCUGCCUGCUGUCACAACAUUUUAUCUCCCCCCUUUGCCUGAGGAAUUCCAGCCUGGGAUCUGUCAGAGUAUUAAUCCAUCAUCCUCCACUCACUGCAACUGUCACCCUGCCACUGCCAGCUACAGAUACAGUCCGUCCAUGACAUUGAUUUUGUCUUUAAUAUUGGUGGUGUUGGUGGCAUUUUAUGACAC